GAUGUGUUCAAGCUCUGUUCAGUAAAAAUGAGUACUGGGUGAAGGUAAUUUAUAUCUCAUUGUUGUCAAGAACACCUUUAAGGAGUUUCCUCAAAUUUGGCACAAACUUCCACUUGACACAGACACACAAACUGGUGAGAAGUUUGUGGUCAAAGGACAAAGGUCAGCUUGACUUUGACAUCAUCAUGUUUAAAGGUCAUAUCUCAGGAACAGAAGGGGAGACAUUUGGUCAGAUACUGAAUUAGUGACUCUAAUCUGAUUGGUCAGAUGAAGCAGCCGUGUUUUUUGCAUUCGGAGCUGAAAUCAGAAUAAAUUAUUUAUUUGUGUCUAAAUCAGCUCUUUUUUCUUAAAUUAUUAGUACUGAUCAGUAUUGAAUAUGUUUUAAUGAACGUCGUUGGUCAGCUUCAUUUCUCUGUGAUGUUUCGUCUCAGAUGGCCGAGUCAGAGGAGCCGAGAGACGUCUUCAAGCUGAGCCGUGAUUGGCUGUCUGUACAGGAGGUGGUCGACACCGUCAGCAGCUCUUCCUGUGGAGCUAUUUCACUUUUCAUAGGUACGACCCGUGAGGACGAGGAGGGUGGUAGGAAGGUGAUUGGUCUGGAGUACGAGGCGUAUGAGCUGAUGGCCCAAUCAGAAUUCAGGAAGCUGUGUGCUGACAUCAGAGAGCGCUGGCCAACCGUGACGCACAUCUGUGUUCAUCACCGGCUGGGGUGGGUGGCGGUGGGCGAGGCCAGUGUGGUCAUGGCGAUCUCGUCUCCUCAUCGCCAUGAUGGCCAGCAGGCGAUCCAGCAUGGCGUCACCCAGCUGAAGGCUAGCGUCCCCAUCUGGAAGAAGGAAGUGUACGACAUGCAGGAGGCCAGCUGGAAGGAGAACGCCGAGUGUUCGUGGUCAGCUCACAGGAAACGCCACACCGCCAUGUCAUCCUCCGAGAAUGUCUGAUUAUUAAUAAAGACUCAAGUCAUUCAGCA